ACUUCGUUGCUGCGUGCCGAUUGGCCGUCGCAGGUCACGGGGCAUUGUACCCAGGCAGCGGCCGGACAGCGGCCUCAGCGCGACUCCACAGCGGGGCUGAAAGGGCCUUAAUUGCGGCCUCCAGCCACUCGACGUCGGGGCUGAAGGGCCUGUCCCGCGGCCUCCCAGCGACUCUAUAGCGGCGCCAAAGCGGCUCCCCAUACCGACGCUCUCCAUACCCGGAUCCGGCCCUGCGGCCUGUCUCUUCUCAGUGGCCGCGGCCUCGCGUUUCCCCCCUCCCCGGCGGCGCCGGGCCCCGGGCGGUCAUGGCUCACCAGCAGACCAGCAGCUCCCAGAAGGCGCUAAUGUUGGAGCUGAAGAGCCUGCAGGAGGAGCCUGUCGAGGGUUUCCGCAUUACCCUGGUUGAUGAAUCUGACCUGUACAAUUGGGAGGUGGCGAUCUUCGGGCCGCCCAACACGCACUACGAGGGUGGCUACUUCAAAGCUCAGCUGAUGUUCCCCAUGGAUUAUCCUUACUCUCCGCCAUCGUUCCGUUUCCUCACAAAGAUGUGGCAUCCGAAUAUCUACGAGAAUGGCGAUGUGUGCAUUUCAAUUCUGCAUCCACCCGUUGAUGACCCCCAGAGUGGAGAACUGCCCUCUGAGAGAUGGAAUCCCACACAGAAUGUCAGGACAAUUCUCCUCAGUGUCAUCUCCCUUUUGAAUGAGCCGAACACCUUUUCUCCUGCUAACGUGGAUGCUUCAGUGAUGUUCCGGAAAUGGCGAGACAGCAAAGGAAAGGAUAGAGAAUAUGCAGAGAUUAUUAGAAAACAGGUCUUGGCCACCAAGGCAGAGGCAGACAAGGAUGGUGUGAAGGUGCCAACCACCCUGGCAGAGUACUGUGUCAAGACGAAAGCUCCGCCACAUGACAACAGCUCGGACUUGCUGUAUGAUGAUCUGUAUGACGAUGACAUGGAUGACGAGGAAGAUGGGGAUGGUGAUUUCUUUGACGAUGAUGACGACUCAGGAAAUGAGGAAUCAUGACCAACGGCGGGAGGGGGCGACCGGCCGACCCCUGACCCCAACCCUCUCCCUUCCUCCUGCCUCUCCCUACCCACCUCCCCCAACCCUCCUCCCAGAGCCAGUGGCUGCCCUGGCUCUGGGACUGAACCCGAUCCUGAUACCCACGCUGCGACGCUCGCCCAACCCUCCCCCAGUAAAUGUAUUUGGGCCCUGAGUCGCAUCAACGCUGCUCUUCCAGAACAAACUCUUUUCCUGCUGUGAGCCUGUGGCCGGGGGGGGAUGUGUGUGGGGGAGGGCGCUUGUAUUCUUGUCUUUGUUUCUGAAGCUGUGUCAUUUUUUUUUUUGAAAAGUCUGAUGGUGAAACAUUUAUGGGGUGGUAUGGCAUUGCUCCAUGUAAUAUGCUGAUAAAGAUUGUCUCUGGUGAUACUUUCUAGCUAAUAGCCAAGCCCUUUCUUACCCAUGUAUGUUUUGAGGUGGUGGGGACAGAGUGGAAAUGGCCCCAGUAGUAGUGGAGUAUGGAUCUCAACUCCAUAUCCUAGUCCUCCAACCUUGACGUGUCCAUAACACUGCUUGUGAAACUGUCGAGCAGACAGCCCAGCUGGAUUGCUUGGUGUUUCUUAGUGCCUGGGUAAGCUAGUUUACCUCUGACGACCUCUCCUGAGGAGUGGGAUGGGGAGUAGCGAGACUACUUUUCUACCCUUCCCACCAGUUCUCUUCCCCUCAGUUGGAAUAUUCAUCCAUCAGAGAUAGGUCUGAAAGAAUUGUUAAGCUCAAUUUCAUUUGCUCAUUCUGCCCUUGCCUUCUGGUCCUGUUUGCUCUCUGCCCUCCCCACUCAGACCCAUUGCUUUGGUAAUUUGAAAGCUAGGGUCGAUAUUGACAGUCUGCAUGUGGGUGCUGUCCCCACUUCACUGGUUGCUGGUGUGGGAAUGCCUUUCCAUCGCGGGUCCUGGAUGUGAAAGCGUUUACAUUUGUUUUUUUUUGCAAUUUACCUUUUGCAGAAACUGUUUGAAAUUGACUUGAAUCAGUUUAUGCCCCCACCCAACAUCAUGCUCAGACUGUACUUGAACAUGUUCUUGACCUGCAGGGUUACAGCCCAAGUGCCAGAAGGUGGGAUUAGGGCAAGCAGCUCUUUCUUCGGUCUACAGGAUGCAGGCCAACUGUCUACCUCCUGUGCCAUCAAAUUUCUAUUUGUGCUGUUCAGCCUGUGGUGGAUUUCUGGUCUAAAGUGGUGACAUGAAGGGAGGAAUGAGAUGAAAAUGUCCCUGCUGUACUGUCUCUCAGUUCUCCCUCAACUAGUAAAACAGUCAGAAAACUUUAGGGGUGCCGAGGGUCGUCUUAUGCCUUAAUGCGCGUACAAGUGAUUCUCCCAGCUCACCAUUACUCCUGGAUGGUUAAGGAAAUCUUAUGUAUUGUUACAGAUGCACUUGCUCUCCAGUUAAAGAUUGGUGCAUAAACUUUGUUGUCCAGGGCUUGGAGGUUGGGUGGGAAAUUUAAAAAAAAAUUCCUAACGUAUGUGAUAGAAUUGAAGCCUCAUUCCUUAUUGACGGAGCUUGCAAGCAUGAGGUUGGGCUGGGCUGUGAUUUCACCUCUUGGGUAUGGGCAACACUUGUUUGUUCACAGAAUUACCACAACCAUGGUGUACCAGCUGUGCCCUGGAGAAGAGGGCAUCUGUACCCAAAUUCAUUUCUAAUUAUGGUUCAUUGGUCUUGCUCAGUGGGGCUGUGGGCCCAAACUCUGUGCUCUUGAAGGUGAAGUGGUCAGGUUCCCUGAAAUGCUGCUGACGUCCAAGGUGGGCAGAGUGCUGAGAGGAAUGAUUGUAGGAAAAGAGAGAAGUAUGGUUAACUCUAUGCUGAGUGUGGAGGCUUUCAGUCCUAACCUGCCUAACAUGGAACAGCUGGUGCUUAGCCCCUCCUUGUGUGCAAGUUCCACAUCCUGAUUCCGCAGUUCUCAGUACCAUAACCUCCUCCCGGUCAGUAUUCUGUUGUCUGGCUAGAUGCUGCUGAGUGUGGCGUACCACAGGCAAGGAGAAUUACACGGGGGUAGAGCAUAGGUGGUCCUUGCCGUACCCCAUAUGUCCGAUGACUAGUGUGGCUGCAGCCGGGCUGACUGUGUAAGUUUGAUAGAACUUUCAAAAUGUCACCCUGCACACAGUUGUGCAGAGAAGGUUGGUUUACUCUAUGGAGUUUUAAGGUUGUUGUCAUUCACUGAUACCUGACACACUCGGAUCUUCAGCAAACCCUUGCUCUCUGGGAUUGUCUUGCUUGUAACCUCUGGUCAUGGUAACUGCACCAGGUGGGUGGUGGGAGGGGACCUAUUGUGUGGUCUCCCUUUUGCUUGCAGAUGCCAAUGCUGCUGAUCAUCACGUGCGUGUGCACGCACUCCCUGCCCUCAACCUGCAGAGUCUCUGGAGCCGACAGAACUCCUGUUACCAAGAGCAUGGGUCACAGUUGCUUCAUCUGUGUUCACUGGCAGGAGCCGGAAGUGAUCCAGAGUUUGGUUUUAAGUCUUUUUAUUUCCUUGUUUCUAAAUCUAAUAAAGAACUUUUCAGGACACGGUGA